CCAGGUUUUCUCCCCUUGCUUUUCUCUUUCUCGUCCCAUCCCAGGGGCCUCCUUUCUUGCUCCAUCCCUCCCUCAUUCCCUCCUUCCUUCCCUCCCUCCUGCUGUAUGUCUUGGCUCCAGUCCCCAGCUCUCCGCUUUCCUUUGGAGUUUAGAAGAGAAAGAGGGAGAGGAGAAGGAGAGAAGAAGAGCAGGCAAAGAAGCAGGCCGGCAACCCAUCCAGGCGCCGUCCAGCUCUGCAGGCCUCAUGGAGCGCCCUGUCUACCUCUUCCUCUUCAUCCUCUCUCUGGCCAAGGACUCAGCUCUCAUUGAAGACAACAAGAUCCCCAGCCUGUGUACUGGCCAUCCGGGAAUCCCAGGGACCCCUGGUCUCCAUGGCACCCUAGGACUCCCAGGAAGAGACGGGCGAGACGGGCGUGAUGGAGCCGCCGGGAUGCAAGGGGAAAGAGGCGAACCCGGUCAACCAGGUCCAUCUGGCCCCAGAGGGGAGCAAGGUAGUCCUGGCGUGAAUGGCAUUCCGGGAGAGAAGGGGGCACAAGGCGAGUGCGCAGUGGCCCCCCGCUCUGCCUUCAGCGCCAAACGCUCCGAGUCCCGCAGCCCUCCUUUGCCGGACCAGCCCAUCAUCUUCGAUGUGGUCCUGAUCAACGAACAAGGCCACUACGACGUUGAGACAGGCAAGUUCCUCUGCGAGAUCCCGGGGCUCUACUACUUCGCCGUCCAUGCCACCGUCUACCGCAUGAGCCUCCAAUUCGACAUCAUGAAGAACGGAAAGUCGGUGGCCUCCUUCUUCCAGUUUUAUGGCAACUGGCCCAAGCCGACCUCUCUUUCCGGAGGCGCCUUGGUUCGGCUGGAGCCGGAGGACGAAGUCUGGGUCCAAGUCGGGGUCGGGGACUACACAGGGUUCUACUCCAGCGUGAAAACAGACAGCACUUUCACGGGGUUCUUGGUGUAUUCCUAUUGGCAAAACUCCCCCGUCUUUGCCUGAGUUCAAAUCAUUCUGCUCUCAGAGGGGAUAAAAUUGCUUGGCCGACACAACGGGCACAAGUAGGGUUGCCAGUCUAGGCAAAGCUGACCUCUAAGGACCAUCCUGGUGUCAUUUUCAAGCACUGCGUGCUCAAAAUUGUGUCAAUACAAAGGGUAAUUCAAUUGCCUCAUGAACACAAAGAGCACAAAUAGGGUUUGCCCCAUGCCCAGCUCUCGAGUGUUUGUAACUCGGGGACUGCCUGUAUUUAUUUCCCCCGCACUACAACUCAGAGAAGUUGCCAAAGACCAUCAGAAAAUACAUAUCUAUGAUGGUUUUAGGUGACCCCUUUGGCAGAGAAGGCUGAAGAAGGCUGUUUGGCCCAGUUCUAUCAUUGGUGGGGUUCAAGGGGCUCUUUGUAGUUGAACUAUAAAUCCCAGCAACUACAACUCCCGGAUGUCAAGGUUUAUUUUCCCCAAACUCCACCAGUGUUCACAUUUGGGCAUAUUGAGUGUUCGUGCCAAGUUUGGUCCAGGUCCAUCAUUAUUUUGAGUCCACAGUGCUCUCUGGAUAUAGGUGAACUACAACUCCCAAACUCAAGCUCAAUGCCCACCAAACCCUUCUAGUAGUUUCUGUAGAUCAUGGGAGUUUUGCAUGCCAAGUUUGGUUCAAUCCCAUUGUUGGUGGAGUUCAGAAUGCUCUUUGAUUGUAGUUGAACUAUAAAUCCCAGCAAUUACAACUCCCGGAUGUCAAGGUCUAUUUUCCCCAAACUCCACCAUUGUUCACAUUUAGGCAUAUUGAGUGUUCGUGCCAUGUUUGGUCCAGAUCCAUUAUUGUUUUGAGUCCACAGUGCUCUCUGGAUAUAGGUGAACUACAACUCCCAAACUUAAUAUCAAUGCGCACCAAACCCUUCUAGUUGUUUCUGUAGAUCAUGGGAAUUAUGCAUGUCAAGUUUGGUUCAAUCCCAUCGUUGGUGGAGUUCAGAAUGCUCUUUGAUUGUAGUUGAACUAUAAAUCCCAGCAACUAUAAUAUAUAUAUUAUAUUAUAUUAUAUAGAAAUACAAGUUCAAAAUGCUCUUUGAUUGUAGGUGAACUAUGAAUCCCAGCAACUACAACUCCCAGAUGUCAAAAUCUGUGUUCCCCGAACUCCACUAGUGUUCACAUUUGGGGAUAUUGAGUAUUCUUGCCAAGUUUGGUCCAAAUCCAUCAUUGUUUGGAUUCCAUAGGUGAACUACAACUCUCAAACUUAAUAUCAAUGUGCACCAAACCCUUCUAGUCGUUUCUGUAGAUCAUGGGAGUUUUGCAUGCCAAGUUUGGUUCAAUUCCAUCGUUGGUGGAGUUCAGAAUGCUUUUUGAUUGUAGGCGAACUAUGAAUCCCAGCAACUACAACUCCCAAAUCAAUCCCACCCCCAAACCCCAACAGUAUUCAAAUUUGGAUGUAUUGGGUAUUUGUGCCAAAUUUGGCCCAAUGAAUGACAAUACAUCCUGCAUAUAUUGACAUUGUGAUUCAUAACAGUAGCGAAAUGAAGUAUCAACGAAAAUAAUGUUAUGGUUGGGGGUCAGCACAACAUGAGGAACUGUAUUAAGGGGUCCCAGCAUUAGCCUGUAAAAAUGUCUAAAACCUGACAAAUGCAUGUUAGUGCAUGAAAUGAUAUAUCCGCUAGGUGGCUCCCAGAACCCGGAAUUAAACAUUUGUUAAACUUA